GAUCUUCAUGUUCCUAAAUCCCGUUACGAAUUUGAAAUUGCUAAGCAGCAUGCUGCUCUUAAAGCUCUGGAAGAACUUUCUGAUAAUUCAAGUUCUGCAAUCACAAAAAGGAAAAAAGAUAAAGAAAGAAUUCAAGAAUCUUUAGAUCGGUUAACUAUGGAGCUUCAGAGGCAUGAAGAACAUGUUACAUCUGUUCGUAGACGCCUUAUUCAUGAAAAGGAUACAUGGCUGAGUUCCUGUCCUGAUACUUUAAAGAUCAACAUGGAAUUCCUUCAGCGGUGUAUAUUUCCACGCUGUACGUUCAGUAUGCCAGACGCUGUUUAUUGCGCUGUUUUUGUUAAUACCCUUCAUUCCCUUGGAACACCCUUCUUUAACACUGUGAACCACAUAGACGUUUUGAUAUGUAAGACAUUACAACCCAUGAUCUGUUGUUGCACGGAGUAUGAAGUAGGCCGCCUAGGAAGAUUUUUGUAUGAGACGUUGAAGACUGCUUAUUAUUGGAAGGGUGAUGAAUCAAUUUAUGAACGUGAGUGUGGAAACAUGCCUGGUUUUGCAGUCUAUUACAGAUAUCCAAACAGCCAGCGUGUUACGUAUGGCCAAUUUAUUAAGGUACACUGGAAGUGGAGUCAAAGAAUCACGAGAUUGCUCAUACAGUGUCUGGAAUCAACUGAGUACAUGGAAAUGAGAAAUGCACUUAUUUUAUUAACGAAGAUCUCUAGUGUCUUUCCAGUUACUCGAAAGAGUGGAAUAAACCUUGAGAAGAGGGUUGCCAAAAUUAAAUCUGAUGAAAGAGAGGAUCUCAAAGUAUUGGCAACAGGGGUCGCAGCAGCUUUGGCAUCUAGAAAGCCAUCAUGGGUGACGGAUGAAGAGUUUGGUAUGGGUUACCUAGAACUAAAACUUGCAGCACCACCUGCUUCUAAGUCUUCGACUGUUAAUUCAGUGGCUAUACCAAAUGGCAGUGGCCCCAGUGUUUCUCAAGGUGAGCCUGUGGCGCAAGGAAGAACUGUGGCAGCAGGAAGGGUAGCUGAUGGCAAGUUGGAUAGGCCAGACAGUUCUUUGCCAAAACCAGAUCUAGGUUCGGUAAAACAGAAAGGCAGUCAAUCAGUUAAUGGGCUGGAUGUUCAAUCAGUUGUAUCUGCUGCCCCGCAGUCUGAUACUCCAAGUCAAAAACAGGUUGAUGACUCUAUGUGUAGACCAUUGGAAGAGAGUACUAUAAAAGCUGCUUCUAAAAUGUCUGGAGAACUGGAGGUAUGUUUCCUACAGUAUUGUCCUGUCUAAUACAAUCUAAUAGAUGCUAAUUUAGCUAAAAUCUUUGUGGAUGUGUGGUGGCAAUGCUAUUUGAAUUUAAGAGUGUUAUACUCCAGUAUGGAGGUGAGAGGCUAGAGGCU